AUGUCACAUAAUGCUUCCACCAUAACAAGUGUCUCGCCUGCAAGAAUGGACACUCCAGAAGCUGUGAAGGUAGGCACACGAGGCACGGUAGGAUCACUUAUCAGGAAAGAGAUGGAUUACUAUAGUGAACUUGAAAGAAACCUUGUUCUGUCGAAAAAUAAUAUGGUGGAUAAGUCUUGUGGACCUGGUGUUGGCAAGUCAUGCUUUGUAUGGAACAGAGGUAAGAAGAAAAGAAGGGGCAGGUUUCUUCCUAGCUUGUGUUCUGUUUCUAAAGUUGCAGAUCCCCAGCAACAGUUGGACUGUCUUGCAAGUUUCAGUUACAUGAACCUUAAAGCUCAAGCAAAGGAAUAG